CUGGAAGCACUAAUGGCGGCUAGGGAGCAAGCAGCGGAAGCACACACUCAAGACACUACCGAUGAACCCCCACCGCAAAAGCACACUCUCUCCCAGAGCCGACAACCGGCACCAUCUAGGACGGGGCUCCCGGCCCAAACGACGGACCUUGCUACAUACGGAGCACCGCCGGAACA